CGUGGAGCUGAGCGGCGCCGCGGCAGUGCCGGCGGAGGAGGAGCGGGGCGGGCGGGAAGGACGCAGGACGGCGGCGGAGCCGGUCUGCGGGCGUACCGAGCGGGAAGGCAGCGGGCGGCUCCGCCAUGUCCUACUGCAGGCAAGAAGGAAAAGACAAAAUUAUAUUCGUGACUAAGGAGGACCAUGAGACCCCAAGCAGUGCUGAACUGGUUGCAGACGAUCCAGAUGACCCUUAUGAAGAACAAGGAUUGAUAUUGCCCAAUGGAGAUAUCAAUUGGAACUGCCCAUGUCUGGGUGGAAUGGCUAGUGGUCCCUGUGGGGAACAGUUCAAGUCAGCCUUUUCUUGUUUCCACUAUAGCACAGAAGAAAUAAAGGGAUCAGACUGUGUGGACCAAUUCCGUGCUAUGCAGGAAUGCAUGCAAAAAUACCCAGAUCUUUACCCUCAAGAGGAUGAAAAUGAAGAGGAGAAGUCGAGCAAAGAUUUGGGAGCUACUCCUGUGGAAGAUUCUGUUGCCAAACAGGAGAAAGGAUCUAGCUAAUGAAGAUGCAAGGAGGCUGUUGUCUCCACUUCUCAUUUUCAGAGACGCGGACUUUUGCAGUAUGUCUGUCUUCUGAGUUGUCAAGAAAUGUUUCACCAUUGUUCUAUACACUGUAUAAUAGUAAAUAAUUUAUUGUGGAAGGAGAAAUCUCAGUGUGACAGUCUUGCAAAUAAAUACUGCAAAAAGCACCAACGUGUGUAUGUGCUGUGUAACCUGUUACCAGACACAGUUAAUACUUUAUCAGCUGUUUUCACACAUCAAGUUCUUGAGUUUUGUCUUGAAUAAUCUCUUUAAAUCUGGAUAGCUGAUAACAAAAAUCCCAUUAGUGUACCAGGUCAUCUUCAUUUCAGUAUGCUCUGAUCAGUAGCUGUUCUUUUGUAAUGUUUUCUUUUCUAACAGAGAUCACAUUAAAUGAUUGUUUUUCCUUAAUGAUUUUUUUUUUUUUUUUGCCGCAAUGAUACAGGAUGUGAAAAUGACCUAAACCUAAAAUGUGUAAGAUUAGAUGAUGAUUACACUGUACUGACGUCAGGUAAGGUCUGCAAAAAGAAAACAAAACAAAAAAAAACAAAACAAAGAAAUGUGUGAUUUCAUUUGUUUAUUAUGAUGGCUUUUAAAUUUUGGAAAAUACUUGUACAAACAUUGAUAUAAAUGAGUGGAAAGAAUGCUGAUCAUUAGCUUUAUGUUUGUCAGCACAGUUUUUGUUUUCCCUUAGUUAAGGUCUGCCCCUUCAGUAUUUAGACAGGCUCUUAGAAAAUACUUUGAGAAUGCAAUGAAAAUGUCACCUGGUGUAAAGAUCUCAAAACAAAUACUGUGACUUAAGUACGUAUUAAAAAGUAUUUACUUUUUACCUUCA